AGAGGAGGUAUUAUACCUGAGAGGAAGUAUCACACCUGAGAGGACUUAUUACACCUGAGAGGACUUAUUACACCUGAGAGCACCUAGGACACACAUUCCGUGUGCGGAAGUGAAAGUCAAAACUACAACAGAUCACAACAGGACAAAAGGUCUGCAUUUAUUCCUGAAGAACUCACCUUUACAAAAACAGUACAGACCUCUGAAAAUGAGUUCCUCUGAGGAUGAAGAUAAAGCUGAGAGAGAUAUGAAAAAAAGACCCACAUCAUCUGACCCCAGCGUCGUGUCUAUGAAGAGUGACAAGUCAAUGAACUUUCCAUUAAUGUUUCGAGAGACAGAUCAAAAAAGAGCGAGACAUGACACAUCAAAUCCUUCCACAUCGAAGUUGGAAGCUGAAUCACAGCUUUUAGCGAUGGAGUGCAAAGUGCAUCCGAGUGGUACCGAAGGUGCGGUACAGAAUAUAAUGAAGAAGUUCAAAUCGAAAAUGCAGAGCAAGCUCCAGACGAUUAACGAGGGAACCUCAAUGUAUGGAAAUGUAAAACUUCUAAAUGAGAUUUACACAGAACUCUAUAUCACAUCAGAUUGUGAGUGUGGAAACAUUAAUGAUGAACAUGAGAUCAGACGUAUUGAAAAGUCACAUAGGAGACUAAUAACAGAGGAGUCCAUCAAUUGUAAUGGCAUAUUUAAAGCCUUACCUGGAGAUGAGAAACCCAUCAGAGCUGUGCUAACAGAAGGCAUUGCUGGAAUUGGGAAAACAGUUUCUGUUCAGAAGUUUGUCCUGGACUGGGCUGAAGGAAAAGCAAUUCAGGAUUUGGACUUUAUUUUUCCAUUUAACUUCAGGGAGUUGAAUUUUAAGAAAGAAGAACAUUUCAGUUUGUUGGAGCUUCUCCACUUUUAUUUCCCAGAAACCAAAGAACAUAAAAUAGACGUUCAUUGUUACAAAAUCUUGUUCAUCUUUGAUGGACUGGACGAGUCUCGUAUUUCUCUGGAUUUCAUAAGCAGUAAAAUGUUGACUGAUCCAACAGAAUCAGCUUCAAUAGACACUCUGUUAACAAACCUUAUUAACAGGAAUCUGCUUCCAUCUGCAUUUCUCUGGAUAACAUCUCGACCAGCAGCAUCCAGUCAGAUUCCUGCUGUUUAUAUUGACAGAGUAACAGAAGUACGAGGCUUCAGUGACCCUCAGAAAGAUGAGUACUUCCUGAAAAGGAUCAGAGAUCAAACCCUGGCUAAUAAAAUAAUCUCACACCUAAAGUCAACUCGGAGUCUUUAUAUUAUGUGCCACAUCCCAGUCUUCUGCUGGAUUUCAUCGACUGUUCUUGAUGGAAUGUUCAGUGAAGCAGAAAGUGGAGAGAUCCCAAAGACCCUGACUCAAAUGUUCACACAUUUCCUGAUCUUACAGGUCAAACGCGGAUCCCAAAAGUACAAAAAAUGUGAAAUGAAUCCUGGACAGAUUGCAGACAUUGUAUUUAACCUGGGAAAGCUGGCGUUCCAGCAGCUGGAGAAAGGAAACCUGAUCUUCUAUGUUGACGACAUCAUUAAGUGUGGGAUUGAUGUCCAAGAGGCCACGGUGUACUCAGGGGUUUGCACUCAGAUCUUUAUUGAGGAAGUCAAUUCACACCUGGGGAAAGUGUACAGCUUUGUGCAUAUGAGUGUUCAGGAGCAUCUUGCAGCUUUGUAUGUAUUUCUCUCACGUGUCAAUGGAAAUCUCUCAAAACAACAAACCCCUGUAAUCCUCGGCCUCUCCAGCAAAGCAACACUGAUAGACCUUCUAAAGACAGCAGUAGACAAGGCCUUACAGAGUAAGAAUGGACACCUGGACCUUUUCCUCCGCUUCCUCAUGGGUCUCUCACUGGGGUCCAAUUCAAUUAUCUUCCAGUGCCUACUGACAGAGACAGGACGCAGCUCUCUGAGCAAAGAUGCUGCUGUCAUAAACAAGGAAAUAACCACGUACAUCAAGGAGAAGAUUAGAGAGAAUCCAACAGAAUGCACAACCAUCAAUCUCUUCUAUUGUCUGAAUGAACUGAAUGACCAGUCUCUGGUACAGGAAGUUCAAGGCUUUUUGAAAAAAAGAGAAAAUUAUCGACUCCAAGGAGUCAAACUUUCUCCAGUUCAGUGGUCAGCUCUGGUUUUCUUGCUGCUGAACUCAGAAGAGGACAUAGAAGAGUUCAACCUACAGAAGUAUGAAGCAUCGGAUGAAUGUCUGAAGUACUUGUACCCUGUUGUCACUGCAUCCAGAAAAGCUCUGCUGUGUGAUUGUAAUCUCACAACGAGAAGCUGCGAAGUUCUGGCUAAAAAAGUUCUCGUAGCAGACGCAUCAUGUCUGAGAGAGCUGGACCUGAGUGAUAAUAAACUGCAGGAUUCGGGAGUCAAACUGCUUUGUCUUGGGUUGAAGAGCCCAAGGUGUAGAUUGGAAAUCUUACGGUUGCGUAACUGUGACAUUACAGACAAAGGCUGUCGCGCUCUUGCUGAAGCUCUGAGAACAGAGUCACACCUGAGAGAACUGGAUCUGAGAGAUAAUGCUUUAAAAGACCAGGGAGUGCAGCUGCUCACUCAAAUAAAGGAAGAUGGAAAGUACACACUGGAGAAGUUGGAAAUCUAAAUCUCCAGACCAGACCAGGUGUAAGGAUGAACCCGAUGAAGCUCUUUUGCUGUUAUUCUUUAUGAUUUUACAAUCUUUAUAAUUGAUUUAAUGAGUUCAGUAGAGAGAAUUAUGGACAUAGUUUUUUUAGCUAACCAAGAAAACAUUAGUGUUGUUUGUUGUUAUAAACAGAAAUGUAACCUGGAUUUCUGGAAUGGAAAAUAUAUAAAUAAGGAGCUGUGUAUAAUAUACAAGUCAAAUGAAGAAGGUUUUAUUGUCAUUUCAAAUUAUACAUAUCUGAUGCAGUACACAGUGAGAUGAGACCUUUCUCCAGGACCAGGGAGCUACAUAGAACAACACGGUGCUGAAGACUUGUUACGAAAUGUAAGGAUGUGACCCACUGCUGAGAUGCGGAGUAACGACCAAGUGAUGGCUUAAAUAUCACUCUAACAAUUUAAUCCGAUUUAAUUUCAAACAAAUCGGAUAAACGAAAGUAUUGUAUCAGUAAAAAUAUCCAUUAACUUACAAAUAAAUAUAUUUUUUAAAUGUAUAAAUAAGAACAUGAAGUAUGUUUUUUUUUUGUUUGUUUGUUUGUUUGUUUAUUGCUUUAUGAUGUGUCUGUGUAGACUAUCUAGGAUUUAGUUUAGACAAUAAUUCACUGUUUUAUCCACGUCCUUUACACACAAGCCACAGCACAAAGCAGAUGAUGUCUAAAUGUUUCUGGUCUCUUUAGUGCCUCUUGACCUUGUCAACUUCCUGUUGAAGACAGGUUUUUCCAUCAGUCCAUAGUUUCUCAUUUUUGUGUGUGUGAUAAGUCCAUGGUGAGGCACAUGACAGAUACAUACAUCUCUCCACUUCUUUUUAACAGUCCCAUUUUGAUCCUUUACCAACUGUCCUUGUUAAGGCUACUGCUUCCUCUCUGUCCCAGUUUAUUAUGGAUAUUAUUUAUUCUUCCCUUACCACUGGGGCUGUUCCUUCUCUUUUCAAAACAGCUGCUGUAACUCCAAUUCUAAAGAAACCA